CUAAAUAGUUUUAACAUUAUUAGAGCCCUCUAGACAUGAAAUAACACCCCUAUAGUCACCGUGACACUCGUAUUACUUCCACAUAGUAGGAUUCCCUAUUUAUAAAUCAAAUACUUUCAUAGUUAGAGCAUACAAAACAUAAUUUACAACUUUCUAAAUACAGGUUUAACAUUAUUAGAGCCCUCCAGACAUGAAAUAACACCCCUAUAGUCACCGUCACACUCGUAUUACUUCCACAUAGUAGGAUUCCUUAUUUAUAAAUCAAAUACUUUCAUAGUUAGAGUAUACAAAAUGUAGUUUACAACUUUCUAAAUAAGGUUUUAACAUUAUUAGAGCCCUCUAGACAUGAAAUAACACCCCUAUAGUCAGUCACACUCAUAUUACUCAAUAUAGUAGACCAAUAAAUAAACCAUUUAAGACGUAAUGUCAAUGUGUUCCCUAGGGCAGCAGGGUGAGUGGCGAACAGGAAGUGGUUCUGGUUCGUGUGUGUCUCACCAAACAUCACUGACACCUCGUGACCAGCGUAAAAUACCAAAUGUCACAGCAUCCUUGAAUGCAUCUUCUGAAUGCCUUAUAAAAGGUAUUCAGUUUAUUUAGCCAUUUUAGCCACUUAAAAUGCUUAAUUAGCCCUAAAAAUAUGCUAAAUGUGCGUAUGUUUUAUUAAUAAGUGACUUAUUUCAAGUUAGAAUUCUUAAAGAUGAAUUAAAUCAGCAUUUCUAUGUUUUUCAUUGAACUUUAAGAAUGAAAACCAUACACGAUUCAUUGUUUAAUAGAGAAUCGAAUCAAACCCAAACAGUUCUUGUGAAUGUCUGCUCCGGCUUUUCAACAUAUUCCAACAUUUGCAGGACAAGAACAAAAUGAGAUAUUUAUAAACCGUGACGUAAAUAUAUUUAUCAUGUAUUUCUCCGUACAUAUAUGUCUUCCGUGGGGGAUAGCAGGUACAGUCCACAGCCGUUACUCUUUCACUCAUCCCUUUGCUCAAAGUUCCCGAGGCAUCCUUAUCCCGUCGUCACGCCCCACAGAGGUCACUUCUCCCAGCCUUUGCCUCCAGGCUGAGUGGGCAACCUGAGCCCCACCAGGCCGGCCACCUCCUCCGGGCUGCGCUCUCCCUUCCCGUGGUAGAGGUCGUGCAGGGCCUGGUGGUUCCUUGUGGAUGUCAGCAGACACAGGUACGUUUGGGAAGCAUGGAGCGCCUCCUGCUGGGCACGGCAGUACCUCUCUCCUGUCACCUGUGCAGGAGGACAAUUUAUUAUUUUUUUGGGGAAAAAAUACAAUUAUAAAUGUGUAAUAUUUCCAAGGUUUUCUGAGUCAACAUUAUUUUUCCAUCCGAUGUUGUCAUUAAGAGAUGGCCUAUAGAGGCUCACAUUUACAUUAUAAUGUCCUCGGGUCUUUUCCGAGCUCGGACAAAUCCACACUGACAGGCAAGAGUCCUCCGCUAGCUGUUUUGCAUCAGUGCACAUUCAUCCAGCCAGCGUGGGGAACCUUGCUCUCUCAAGCGUUAACAAUGGAGGCUUUAAGCAUUAUAUGCUUAACAGUACAAAUGCCGCUUUUCAACAGGCAGGAGGAAAUAAUGUCAAAUCAAUCAUGCUUUGUCAUACUUGUUAUGCUAAAUACUACAAUGCUUUCUAAAAGGACUGUACGGCUGGCUGGAGGGCGUUAACUUUGGAAGCAUUACACUCCGCCCUCUUCCUGUUUUGAGUAAGUAAGCCACGCCCACAGUUGCACGCGCAUUACUUGCAUGGAAUAUUUUUCACCCCCCUCACGUUUCCAAAGAACGGUUGUUAUUAAUUGAUAAAAGUUUAAUUGUUAAACGUUAUUAAUAUUUGACAAAAAUAUAGCAACAUUAAGCUGGUGUGUCUCAUAAAGUGUCCAGUAAGUCUAACAUGCUGCUGACUGUUAGCAUGCCCGUCCGAUUCCAAAGUCAAAUGGCGUUGAGCUGAGUUUAUAAAUAACAUCACAUAUCCACGUCAUCGUGGACGCUUACAAACACCGCUUUUCAAAUAUUAUUGAGCUAUAAAACAUUUGUACACAUCUAGCAAUGCCCCGUAAGAAUAGCAAAGUAUGUCCGCACAUGUAUCGAUACAGUGAGUGUUUAGCUAAUUUAGCUAGCGGAAGCAGAAAGGCAAAAAACUACGACAUUAUUACCUUAUUUUUACGAAACUGGUCCUUGACAUAAGAGUACGCCAGCGACUGCUUGUAAUUGCGUCCUUGCAUGGACCGCAGUUCUUUAAGUAUUGCGCUGUAAACACGCAAUGAAGACGACGACGACGCUGCCAUCUUUGACAACAAGUCUUUCACCAAACCAGACCGACUCAAUCGGUCUUCGCAUCAUCGAUCAAUCAUCUCCGCCACAUGGUGGCAAUGUGUCACCUGUGUUAAAUCACCUUCCUCCAGACGCUGGACGACGUUUCUUCUUUGUAAAAAUGUUUAAACAUGCCCACGGUCAAAGAAGCUCCAUUUCUUCCUCUCUUCCGCCUGGCAGACGUCGGCGAUCCAAGCGACGGCAAGCGUGUCUUCUACGGAGUCGAGAGGAGAACAGAAAAGCUGCUGCUCCUGAGGAGUACGAUUCCCUCCAAGUUGCUGCUUUUCCAAGAAAACUGCUUGCAGCCUCCCUCAGUCUGAGGCUAUGAGAGGACGAGAGGAGGUCCAGGCUGCACCAUCAUGCUACUUCUGAGACGCGGGGAUGAGAGUUUGGCCGACAGAACACAAGGUAUUUCUCCCCCCCUCCUCCACCAUGCCUGUCAGCGGCUGCCCCUCGCCCCUUCUCAUCCACGCCGGGGUCUGCUCCUACGCCCCCUCCGUCGUCCAGGAGCAAGGGAGGCGUGUCCGACACCUCCACCCUCCCCCGCCUCCAUCGCCCCAUCACCGCCACACCACCGUCUCCCUGGGCGCCCUUCUCUUGUUUCUCUGCCUCCUUCACCUGCCCCCCGCCUGCCACUCCCGGAGAGAGAAAGGAGGCGGCGGCGUCCACUACAUGCCCAUCCCGCCGCCCCCGCCCCACCACUUGGCGCUCCCAAACAUCCUGCGCGGCCUUAGCAUCGCCGUUGUCCUGGUGGGCAACUCCAGCGAGAUGGCGCUGGGGGGGGCUCGCGAGAAGGAGGAUUUCCUGCACAUGGCGCCCAACGUGGAGAUCCUGACCAUGAACGAGACGGACCCCAAAAGCAUCAUCAAGAGCAUCUGCGACCUGAUGACCGAGCACUGGCUGCAGGGCGUGGUCUUUGGGGACGACACCGACCAGGAGGCCAUCGCACAGAUCCUGGACUUCAUUUCAGCCCAGACCCACAUCCCCAUCCUUGGAGUCCGGGGGGGUUCGUCCAUGAUCAUGGCUGCCAAGGACGACAACUCCAUGUUCUUUCAGUUUGGCCCCUCCAUCGAGCAGCAGGCGUCCGUCAUGCUCAACAUCAUGGAGGAAUACGACUGGUACAUCUUCUCCAUCGUCACCACAUACUACCCCGGGUACCAGGACUUUGUUACCAAGAUCCGCAGCACGAUCGAGAACAGCUUCGUGGGCUGGGAACUGGAGGAAGUCCUGCUUCUGGACAUGUCGGUCGACGACGGGGAUUCCAAGAUUCAGAACCAGCUGAAGAAGCUUCAGAGUCCCGUCAUUCUUCUGUACUGCACCAAAGAGGAGGCCAACACCAUCUUUGAGGUGGCCCAUUCUGUCGGGAUUACCGGUUAUGGCUACACGUGGAUCGUGCCCUCGCUCAUCGCCGGAGACACCGACGUCGUGCCUGCAGAGUUCCCCACAGGGCUGCUGUCGGUGUCGUACGACGAGUGGGACUACGGCCUGGAGGCCCGUGUUCGUGAUGGCGUGGCUAUCAUCACCAUGGCGACCUCCACCAUGAUGAUGGACAGAGGACCUCACACCUUGCUCAAGUCUGAGUGCCACGGAGCCCCGGACAAGAAGACCCCCGUCUCAGGCAACCCUAAUGAAGUACUCAGGUACCUGAUGAAUGUGACGUUCGAGGGCCGUAAUCUGUCGUUCAGCGAGGACGGCUACCAGAUGCACCCCAAGCUGGUCAUCAUCCUGCUCAACAAAGACCGCCAGUGGGACCGGGUGGGCAAAUGGGAGAACGGGUCCCUCUCCAUGAAGUACCACGUGUGGCCUCGGGACGAGCUUUACGGCGGGGCGGCCUCCAGGGAGGACGACCACCUGUCCAUCGUGACGCUGGAGGAGGCUCCUUUCGUCAUCGUGGAAGACGUGGACCCCCUCAGCGGGACCUGCAUGAGGAACACCGUGCCCUGUCGCAAACAGAUCAAAACCCUGAACCAGACCAAGGAGCCUGGGAUCUACAUCAAGCGUUGCUGUAAAGGUUUCUGCAUCGACAUCCUCAAGAAGAUCGCCAAGUCGGUCAAGUUCACGUACGACUUGUACCUGGUUACCAAUGGCAAACAUGGCAAGAAGAUCAACGGGACCUGGAAUGGCAUGGUGGGGGAGGUGGUGUUAAAAAAAGCCCACAUGGCCGUCGGCUCCUUGACUAUCAACGAGGAACGGUCGGAGGUCAUCGACUUUUCCGUGCCCUUCAUCGAGACCGGCAUCAGCGUCAUGGUGUCCCGCAGCAACGGCACCGUUUCUCCUUCAGCCUUCUUAGAGCCCUUCAGUGCGGAUGUGUGGGUGAUGAUGUUCGUGAUGCUGCUGCUGGUGUCAGCAGUUGCCGUGUUCAUUUUCGAGUACUUCAGCCCCGUGGGCUACAACCGCUGUCUGGCUGACGGCAAAGAGCCACAUGGUCCAUCCUUCACCAUCGGCAAGGCCAUCUGGUUAUUGUGGGGUCUGGUCUUCAACAACUCGGUGCCGGUGCAGAACCCCAAAGGUACCACCAGCAAGAUCAUGGUGUCCGUGUGGGCCUUCUUUGCCGUCAUCUUCCUGGCCUCCUACACCGCCAACUUGGCCGCCUUCAUGAUCCAGGAGGAGUACGUGGACCAGGUAUCUGGACUCUCUGACAAAAAGUUCCAGAGCCCCAACGACUUCUCGCCUCCGUUUCGGUUCGGCACGGUCCCGAACGGGAGCACGGAAAGAAACAUCAGGAACAACUACCCAGAGAUGCACUCCUACAUGACCAAGUUUCAUCAGAGGAACGUCAACGAGGCCUUGCAAAGUCUUAAAGCCGGCAAACUAGACGCUUUCAUUUACGACGCGGCCGUGCUCAAUUACAUGGCUGGCAGGGACGAGGGCUGUAAGCUGGUGACCAUCGGCAGCGGCUACAUCUUCGCCACCACCGGCUACGGCAUCGCCAUCCAGAAGGAGUCGCUCUGGAAGAGACACGUGGACUUGGCCAUCCUGCAGCUCUUUGGAGACGGUGAGAUGGAGGAGCUGGAGUCCCUGUGGCUGACGGGAAUCUGCCACCACGAGAAGAACGAGGUGAUGUCCAGCCAGCUGGAUGUGGACAACAUGGCGGGGGUGUUCUACAUGCUGGGGGCCGCCAUGGCCCUGUCGCUCAUCACUUUUAUUUGCGAGCACUGGUUCUACUGGCAGCUCCGCUUCUGCUUCAUGGGCGUCUGCUCGGGGCGCCCUGGCUUCGUCUUCAGCAUCAGCAGGGGCAUCUACAGCUGCAUCCACGGCGUCCAGAUUGAGGAGAAAAGCAGUUCGGCGUUGAACUCGCCGUCGGGUACCAUGAACAACACUCAUUCCAACAUCUUGCGCCUGUUGCGCACCGCCAAGAACAUGGCCUCGCUGUCCGGCGUGAACGGCUCCCCCCACAGCGCCCUGGACUUCAUCCGACGCGAAUCUUCGGUUUACGACAUCUCGGAACACCGACGCAGCCUGGCGGGCCACUCGGACUGCAAGCCGCCGUACUUAGCGGAAGAUAACAUGUUCAGCGACUACAUCAGCGAGGUGGAGAGGACGUUUGGCAACAUGCACAUGAAGGACAGUAACCUGUACCAGGACCACUACCUGCACCAUCACGGUUCCACACUUGGGCUCAGUGGACCGCCCGCCAACCGGCCCCAUAGUUUGGGCAGCGCCAGUUCUCUGGAGGGCGGCAUGUUUGACUGCGACAGCCUCGGAGGCGGCGUGGCCCCCAUUUUCACCACCCAGCCGUGCUCGGCGUUGACCCACAGGAACAUGAGCAAGUUCGACCUGCUGUCCGGACAGACUCCGCCCUCGGGGCAGGGCUUUAAAGGCGGCCUGCCCGACUUGUACGGGAAGUUUUCUUUCAAGGGAGGUGCGUCCAGUUCCAACUACAUCCCCGGUCACGGUUACUGCGGCGGGAGAGGGGACGACGAUGGGAAUAUACGAUCGGAUGUCUCGGAUAUCUCCACACACACGGUCACCUACGGGAACCUGGAAGGGAACGCCAAGAAACGCAAACAGUAUCGCGAUAGCCUAAAAAAGAGGCCGGCCUCUGCCAAGUCCAGACGGGAGCUGGAUGAAAUCGAGCUGGGCUACCGGAGGAAACCGUACCACAUCAGCCACCACCACUACCACAACCAUCGCUCUGCCUCGCCGCCGCUUUUGCCCUCCGACCGUAAGCGAGGAGGCGGCGGGGGAAACAAUGACCCAAACUAUCUCUUCAGAGAAAAGGAGAGCGUGAGGGACUUUUAUUUGGACCAGUUCCGCCCCAAGGAGGGUGUCCCUCAGUGGGAACAUGUGGAUCUGACUGAGGGCCCCGGGAGUCGAGACGGAGGGGUACCGACCUGCACCUCGCUGGUUCCAGUGGAAGACUUUCUGAAGAGCAAACCCAAGAAGUCAGAUUCAAAGAGCGGCGGAGGAUCCGGGUUGGCAGGGGGAGAAUGGGAGUGCAGGAACUGUCGGUCGGGUGCCGGCGUGAAGCAGAUGUCGGUGCACGGAGGAGGCGGCUACGGCGGCAUGAGCUGUGGGUCCUCGGUGGGCGGCGUGAGCAGCCGUCCCAGCUCUGCGAGCUGUUUGCGCUGCGAGAGCUGUAAAAAGACGGGGAACCUCUACGACAUCAGCGAGGACAACAACCACCUCUUGGAACAGAUUGGGGGAGGUAAAGGCGGGGGCGGGGGCGGCGGCGGCGGAGGAGGAGCCGUCCCCCAGUCGCAGUCUCAGGCCCAGCAGCGCAGGAAAGGGGGCGGAUUUGGCAAGCCGCUCAGGCGGCAGCAUUCGUACGACGCGUUCGUGGACCUCCAGAAGGAGGAAUCGGGCGGCAUGGGGAGCUUGAUGGGAGGGAUUGGCGGCGUUGGAGGGAUGAGCGGUGCGGGUAUGGGCGGGAUGCUGCCGCCCCCCAGAAGUGUUAGCUUGAAGGAGAAGGAGCGCUACAUGGAGGGCACUAGCCCCUUUGCGCACAUAUUUGAGCGCCACGGGGGUUCCGAGAGGGAACGGGAACGAGACAGGGACCCUUCGUUUUAUGGAGGCGAAGGCCGCUUUGGGGGCCUGUUCCGAGGGGGCGACGGCCUCCAUCGGCGCUCCAUCGGAGAGCGAGACAUAAGAGACAGGGAUCGCUCUUUAAUGGAAGGCGGCGGCGGGGCGGCGUUCUCUUUAUCCAAAUCCCUUUACCCAGACCGGGUAAACCAGAACCCCUUUAUACCCACGUUCGAUGACGACCAGUGUCUGAUGCACGGCGCCAAACAAUAUUACCUGAAAAAACAACAGCAGCAGCAGGUUGCCAAAAACAGUCGAGGCGACUUCAGGAGUCAGAUGAGCACCACGUCGUAUCUGCCGACGUCCGCCACGUCCAACGUGUCCCCGCGGUUCCCGAAAGAGCUCAGCUUGGGCGGUCUGAACCACCACGGCUCCAUGCUCGGUGUCGGCCCCCCUCGGCCCUUCAACGGAAGCAACGGCCAUGUCUACGAGAAACUAUCCAGUAUCGAGUCGGACGUGUGAGCUGGGAACACCGACUCCGGAGUUGGAUAGCGUUUAGCGUUAGGAGAUCAGGGAUGUUUUUAAAGACUCCAAUCCAGUCCAAUCACUGCAACCAUGACUGAGGCCAAGAACCGGAGACGGCGUCGCAAGUUCGAAUCCUGAUCCUUUAUUUUCCGAGCAAAUCUUGGUUAAGCUAAAAAACAAAAAAAUCAGGACACCUUGCUGAGGUGGGGAUGUGACCCCCUUGUCUCUCACGGAACGGCCAAAGCUACUCUACUUUUAAGUCCCCCCCCCCCCCCCCCCCCAUCCGCUGACUCGGCCGUUAUCGCUCAUUUUGGCGGUCGAGGAACGACUGAACGAUCGGAGCAAACGGAGUUAGCGGAUCCAUCUGGAUCGCCUUAGAACGAAGACAUUGACGCAGGACUUGUUUCUUCUGUUCCCACCCGAAUCCCGCCCCCCCUUCCCGACUCACCGCCGGGCUGGAUUUCAUCUCGCCGCAUCCCGAACUGCCCCCCCCCCCCCCCUGUUUUCCGUCCGCCAAAAGAUAUGUGAUCUUGUUUGCUAUGAGAAAUACAAUCAUGAUUGACAUAUAAGGUAUUCUUCUAGAAAAAAAAACAGGGUAUAAAAACAAUAAUAUUUACCAAUAAUAACGUUGUGAAUAACUACUGAUUGUGAUAAAACUGCUUAGGUUUUUAUUAUCGCUCUGUGUUACAAGGUGUGAUAUUCCAUAUCGCCGUUUUUUUUUUUUCCUACGUUUUUUUUUUUCGCCGCCCUCGUCGGCAACAGGAAAGGUUGUUCAACCUACAAAGCCAGAAAGACUGAACUCUUUUUCUUCUUCUGUAGAAUAUUUUGACGUCAUACUCGUUUCUUUUCUUCUCCGUCUUUUUCGAAAAAAAAAAAAAAAAAAAACGGGCUACGGUCGACUGAAUGCACGUUUUUUUUGGGGGGGGGGGGUUUUUGCGACAUUUCAAGUCGCCGGCUGAGAGAAAAAGGACGUGCCUUAAAAGGGUCUCCGGUGGAAGCUCCGCUCGGUGCGUUUGUGCGCCCCCGAAAGCGCAAGUAAAAGAAAAUUUCUUGGGUGGAGUUUUAUAACUUGGUAAAAAUUAAAAAUAAAAAAAAAAAAAAAAAAAAAACAAUUUUCUGAUCAGUACGGCAGUUGUGGGCGUGGCCUACUUCGCAGCACGGCGGCCUUCUACUUAGCUUCUUUUCAAAUUCAGGUGACACGAUUUAAAGUCUCUCACUGGUUUUUGCAUAUGACAACACGGUUUGGAUUCGGGGGGGGGGGGGGGGCGGUGAAGCCGACAUCGUUGCCCCGCCCACAAGGAGGAUGUCUAUUUGAGGACUCAGCUUUGACUUGAUGUAGAUAUUUUAUUUUUUUGUUUAUUUUUUUUUUUUAAAAAAAGCUGGCAACGCCUCAUUUUAUUGCACAGGACCUUUACCUGGUGUAGGUUCAGGCGCUCAGUAGACAUGCCUUAUCAUGACAUCACCAUCACCCCCCCCUCUUCUUCUUCUUUCUUGCUAACGACUCAUUAUGUAAGUGUACAUAAUUUUUUUUUUUUUUUUAAAAGGUUUGAUCUCCAAUUAGCGGGGCGCUGUGAGAAGUUCAAGGGCUGUAGGAGCGAUUGGAGAUGCCGGGGAAGUUUAUCUUAUACCCUCGUUAUCGGUGUGCGUGUGUGUGUGUGUGUGUGUGUGGAUGCAAGUCACGAUUUUAACGAUUUCAUAAACGCUUCAUAAACGAUAACGUGAGCUUGAUAGAGUUAGCCUUAAACCGAAAACACCUCCCAUCCAAACAUGACUCCGGAAGCUCUGGAAUUUGUUUUUUUUUUUUUUUUAUACGUGCAUAUUUUCAGAUGCGGCGCUUAAACUCCGCCCCCCACGAACAUUCCCCCUCACCGCGGGGGGAGGAGCCCGCAAAAAGAAAGACUUUUGUUAUCGGUUGGUGUUGCUGACUUGUAAAUAGUACACCCAAAAAAACCUCUUGUCAUUUUGUACAGCGGACAGACAGACAGGAUGUAACUUUACACACCUUUUACAGCGAUUUAAGACAUAAAUAAAACCCAUAAAAAUGUGCAGAAUAUCAUAUUAUAAGACUCAAAUAUUACUCAUCUGAAGUGAUGUGAUUGAUACUUUUUUUUUUUUAAUAGAUUACCGAUCGGUAUAUAUGAUUCUGUUAAGGAUGAUAUAUUUUUUUUUUUUGUGUGUUUUGGCGGAGUUGCUGCCUUGCCCGUAGGCGUUAGAUGUGUGCUCAUAUGAAUUAAUAAAACGAGCGUUUAGUUUUAGGGUUGUGUUAGAUUCUCUCUUCAUGCUUUUUUCCAGCUGGAUUCAAGUAUCUACACGUUUAUGUCAUACCGUAUUUACAUGUAUGAUAUUUCGCAUAUCGUGAGCUUUGGUUUUUAGGCAGCUGAACGUGUACCGGAUUGUUGUGUUUUUUGGGGUUUUUGGUUUUUUUUGGGUUUUUUUUUUUCUCGCCCGCUUUUCUUGUUUUGGCUGGGCUUUAAUGGUGAUUGCACACAGAAUAAAGAGCCAUCCCGCGCCCGGCCGAUCCUGUUCCCGCUUUGUAGAAUAGGAUUGGGAUAGACAUCACUGUGGUAAAGAGAGACGUGUGUGUGUGUGUGUGUGUGUGUGUGUGUGGAUAUGCACAUAAUCCGACGCUAUACACACACGCUGUUAAUCAUAGCUGAGCGUUUCAGCACAAUAAUAAUAAUAAUAAUAAUAAUAAUGUGGGAAAUAUCUUUUUAAGAGGUAAAGCUCAAAUGCAUAUUGGUGCAACCCCUGACAAACCAGUAAAGCAUUUAUUCCUAUUUAAUUUAAUUUUAUUUAAUUUUAUUUUAUUUUAUUUUAUUUUAUUUUAUUUUAUUUUAUUUUAUUUUAUUUUAUUUUAUUUUAUUUUAUUUUAUUUUAUUUUUAUUUAUUUUAUUUUAUUUUAUUUUAUUUUUAUUUUUAUUUUUAUUUUUUAAUUUUUUUUAGCUCAGGUUAGCAUACGAACGCCGCCACUCACGGGCGUUUAUUUCAUUUCAUGCAUGUCGGCAUUGUUUGUUUUCUAAGUGAAAAUGACGACUACAGUAUAAGUUGGUACUAUUUCCUGGAAGCCUCCAUGUUUAAAUAUGCUUGGGGGGGGUUAAAUAUGAUUAUGACGUUUUUGAAUGAUGAAUGAAAUAUUUGUAUAUGAGGUAAAGUUCUUACUAGGUCAUGUACUGCAUCUUCUGUAUCACCUGAGAAGGUCAUUUUUUUUUUGUCCAAAUAAGCACUUUUGACCUUGAUGGGUGUGCUCGGUCGGACAUUUUUGACCCCCCCCAAAUUGUGUUUACAGUUUAAAAUGUGAUGGGUGUCAGUCAACAGGGUCUUCUAAAACACUUGACGUCAAUGCAGGCAGGCAGCAGGGCUUUUUUUUCCACUUUCGACUGGAAUGGAACUACGGUCCCCCUUUUCCUCGUCCCCCAAGGUCGUGAUAUUCAUGUAAGGUCAUGUUGUCAACUUGAACAUUGACGGUUUCUCUUUCCCGGCCCUUUUUCUACGUUUUAGUCCCGAGGCUGGACUCAAACACGAAGACACCAUUACAUUACCUUGUUGUACUUACAGUACUGUGCAGAAGAAGUACUACUUUUAGCAAUACUAAAAAAUUAGAUUAUGUAAGAAAUGUUUCUAUUUCGUCAAGGCAAAGUCUGAUUUUAGGAAUCGGGGAUAUUUUUCCAGUUUUCCGGAUUAUUUAAAUUAUUUUAAAAAUUGUGUGUAUUAAAUAUACAGUCGAAUCAACGUGCAGGACACUUUGCAUAUUUUUUAAAAAAUUAUUUUACAGUUAAUUUUGUUGCAUUUUAUUUCCUGAGGUCGCAAAUGGCACCGAUUUUGCCAUAUGAUAAGUGUGAACGUAUGAUUUUUUUUCUGCAAAAUUUUUUUGCUUGAAUUCCACAUUUUUCCGUAUUUCAGGUGCUCAACUUUGGAGGUUUGACUCCGGAAGCCCGUUUCUGCCACUCAAUGAAAAAUGACCCUUAAUGGUAAGUCAUAAUUAUCAGAUAAAAAGUCCAAAAUAUGAAAUAAAAGGUAGAAGUUAUGAGAUAUAAAAGUCGAAAAUAUGACAAACCGUGUGAAGAAGGCGACACGUACCGUUUGUAUCUCAUCAUUUCAACUUUUAGCUUCAUUAUUUUGACUUUUUAUCUUAAAAUUGACUUUCUUAUCUCCUAAUUUUGCCUUUUUAACACCGAAAGAAAAAAUAUAUCCUUAUGCUAAGUCAUAAUUAUGAGAUAAAAAGUCCAAAAUAUGAAAUAAAAAGUGGAAGUUAUGAGAUAUAAAAGUCGAAAAUAUGACAAACCGUGUGUAUCUCAUCAUUUCAACUUUUAGUUUCAUUAUUUUGACUUUUUUAUAUUAAAAUUGACUUUAUCUCCUAAUUUUAGCUUUUUAGCACCGAAAGAAAAAUAUAUCCUUAUACUAAGUAAUAAUUAUGAGAUUAAAAAAGUCCAAAAUAUUCAAUAAAAGUAAAAAAUCAUGAGAUUAAAAAUUGAAAAAUUAAGUGUUAAAAUAAAAAAAACUAUUAUUAAAACUAUACAUUAAAAUAAAAUAAGUGAAAAGUGACUUUUUCUCUUAUAAUUAGGACUUUUAAUGUCAUACUUUCAUCACUUCAUUUAGACUUUUUACCUCAUAAUUAACUUUCAUAUGUCAUAAUUACGCCUUAGCAUCACAGUAGCACAAACGGGCUUCCAUAUUUGACUGAUGCGUUUAAGGACUGCUGUAAAAAAAACAUGAUUCCAACCACCAAUGAAGCGUUGGCCUUUUGCACAGUACUGUAUAUUCUAUUUGCAGGAUGUUCCAACCCAUCAGUCCCCCACGUUGUUUACCUUAGAUGGGAAGAUCGGGAAAGAUCACAGUUAUUGUUUGGGGAAGUCAAGGUGCAUGAAGACCAUACACACAUAAAUACACACAUAAAUACACACACACGGUAUCAUUGAGCUCUGCAGCCAACGAGUGCCAGUUGUCCAGUGAGUAAGCAGCCUCGUCACAAGUCUUUGUUCCCCUGCAGGCCAAAUUGGUCCAGGCUUGGCUUCUCUGCACACUAGCACACUAGCACACUAGCAUGCCACAACGCAUUUGUUUAGACGCGUCAUGUUGACAAAAACACUGUGUCACUUUUUUUUUUUUUUAACAACACAAGGUUGAAGUUAGGUUGGUGUUACUGGAACAUCCUGGACCCGGAGGAUGUAAAUAUCACCCCAGCUGACAUGCGGGACCAAGAUUGCUGUUUUUUUUGUUUUUUGUUGUUUUUUUUUUUACAGUUUUUGUUUUGUUUUGUUUUUUUACAGUUUUUUUUUUUUACAGUUUUUUUUAUUUAACAACACAAGGUUGAAGUUAGGUUGGUGUUACUGGAACAUCCUGGACCCGCAGGAUGUAAAUAUCACCCCAGCUGACAUGCAGGACCAAGAUUGCUGUUUUUUUUGUUUUUUGUUGUUUUUUUUUACAGUAUUUUUUUGUUUUGUUUUGUUUUUUUACAGUUUUUUUUUGUUAGUUUUUUUUAAUUUAACAACACAAGGUUGAAGUUAGGUUAGUGUUACUGGAACAUCCUGGACCCGGAGGAUGUAAAUAUCACCCCAGCUGACAUGCGGGACCGAGAUUGCUGUUUUUUUUUGUUUUUUGUUGUUUUUUUUUACAGUUUUUUUUUGUUUUGUUUUGUUUUUUUACAGUUUUUUUUUUUACAGUAUUUUUUAUUUAACAACACAAGGUUGAAGUUAGGUUGGUGUUACUGGAACAUCCUGGACCCGGAGGAUGUAAAUAUCUCCCCAGCUGACAUGCGCGACUAAGAUUGCUGUUUUUUUAUUUUUAUUUUUAUUUUUUUUACUGUUUUUUUUUUUUUUUUACUCUUUUUUUUUUAAUUUAACAACACAAGGUUGAAGUUAGGUUGGUGUUACUGGAACAUCCUGGACCCGGAGGAUGUAAAUAUCACCCCAGCUGACAUGCGGGACCAAGAUUGCUGUUUUUUUUUUUGUUUGUUUGGUAUUUUUUUUACAUUUUUUAAUUUUUUUUUUUUAUUUAACAACACAAGGUUGAAGUUAGGUUGGUGUUACUGGAACAUCCUGGACCCGCAGGAUGUAAAUAUCACCCCAGCUGACAUGCGGGACCGAGAUUGCGGUUUUUUAGGUUUUUUGUUUGUUUUUUUUGUGUUUUUUUUUUUGUUUUGUGUUUUUUUUACAGUUUUUUUUAAAUUUAACAACACAAGGUUGAAGUUAGGUUGGUGUUACUGGAACAUCCUGGACCCGGAGGAUGUAAAUAUCACCCCAGCUGACAUGCGGGACCAAGAUUGCUGUUUUUUUUUUGGUUUUGUUUUUUUUUUACAGGUUUUUUUUUUGUUUGUUUUUUUUGUUUUUUUUACAGUUUUUUUUAUUUAACAACACAAGGUUGAAGUUAGGUUGGUGUUACUGGAACAUCCUGGACCCAGAGGAUGUAAAUAUCACCCCAGCUGACAUGCGGGACCAAGUUUGCUGUUUUUUUUUUUGUUUGUUUUUUUUUUUACAGUUUUUUUUUUUUUACAGUUUUUUUUAAUUUAUUUAACAACACAAGGUUGAAGUUAGGUUGGUGUUACUGGAACAUCCUAGACCCGGAGGAUGUAAAUAUCACCCCAGCUGACAUGCAGGACCAAGAUUGCUGUUUUUUUGUUUUUUUUUUUUUUUACAUGUUUUUUUUUAAUUUAUUUAACAACACAAGGUUGAAGUUAGGUUGGUGUUACUGGAACAUCCUAGACCCGGAGGAUGUAAAUAUCACUUCAGCUGACAUGCAGGACCAAAUAACAUCAUGACAAGGUGAUUGAUUGCUGUUUUUUUUUUUUUAAUUUUUUUUAUUAAAUUUUUUUUUGUUUUGUUUUUUUUUUUUACCAGUGAGUUUCAUCACAUGCAGCCAGGAAGACUUAAACUGUGAUACACGACCGUCCUAAUAACGUCAUCGCCGGUAUGACCUCCAGUAUGUACAGCGGUGUUUCUACCUAUAAUUUAGUACCACGACUCGGGUGGGGGGGUCGGGGGGUUGCUUACUAAAUGUAUUUCACAUGCGGAGUGUCGGGUUUACAAAGGCACUACUUUCCACCUAAAAACACCACCUGAUUCAAUUUACUGUGGCUCAACCAAUUGUAAGAUAGGAGUACUAUCGCUUUGCUCUCGGGCCGCUCUUUUUCCUCUUUUGCGGCCAUUUUUCUUUUUUUUUUUUCAAA